UGUUAUCUUAUCUCAAUGUGACAAUCAAGUAUUUUCAUAUAAAUAGAGAUUCUAUUGUGAAUAAUUAUAAUUUACAAUCUAAGUGUAGACGGUGCCUUUACUAAUUUUGGAGACUAAAGAUGAAAAUCUUUGUAGUAGUCGUGUUACUAGCGGUAGGAGUGACCAGCAAAAGACGGGAACCAACAGCAGUAACAGAAUAUAAUGAGCUGGAUGCAAGAGAUUUGCCAAAAGUUACUGAACUGGAUCUACCAAACGAUGAGAUGAUAGAAGAAGAUGAUGAUUCUUCUCGAAAUAAUCUCGUCUUGGGAAGUGUUGGUCCUAAUGAUAGGCAGAUGACUAGGAUCGUACACAACGUUGCAGCUGCUGAUUUGUUGAUUCAUGAGCAUGAAGUAACUUUUCGUGGAGCAAGAGGGACUAAUAUUACAGCAGUGAGUGUAAACCAGGUUGGAGCAAACUCUCCCGUAGCACAAGUACUAGGCGGCGGUCUCGGCUCAGAAUUUGUUACAAUCGGAAUUAAAUCGGUUAGAGGCCGUGGAUUCUCCUACACUAUGCUUGUUCAUGCAGAAAUUAACUGCUCAAAUAAUUAAUUGCAUACUUAUUAUAGGGUAGAUGAUGAUGAUGAUGAUAAUUUUUAUUUUAAUGUCCGUCUUGUAGAUUAUUUUAAAACAUUAGAAACGUAUUUUUUUAUUUUCAUAAACAUAUUUAUAUUAUUUUCAUUUCAUAAAAGUAGUAUUUAAAAAUGUUAUUUUAGAGGAUUGCAAAUAAA